GCUUUAUUUUCAUUCAAAACCUAUCCGUCCGUGGCAAGUGUGCCAUUUCACCGCAAUAAGCCGAGUGGCAAUAUUCAUAUAGUGAAUCCUUUAAAGAUAUGCUGUUAGUCCGGUGGUUUUGGGCACUCUGAAAAGAACAAAAGUGUAUUUAUGUUACAUUACAGUUUGUAUUGGACAGAUGUGUGCGUAACUGUUUUUUAAACAAUUUCUCCAGUUUUAUCGUCUUUUUUCCCUGAUUGUCGCCGUGCAGUGAAGAAGUGACGCGUCACUGGAAACAAUAUUCGCGCGAAUGCUGGUGGGACACACUGGUCGGACGUGUUUGUGUUGACACCUGUUUUAAUGUAUGGAGUACCAGUAAGGAUAGUGCCUUUUCCAUAUUCCCAAACAUGGCUGAGGGUUAAUUAUCUUUUGCAGCUAUUCGACGAAGAGUAAUUCAAAGCACGGUUUGGACACCAUGGAGGAUAUCUUGAAUGAUCAUGACUUUUGGUCCUUAAACGAGUCAUGGAAGAACUCUUCAUUCACUAACGCGACUGAAGCAGGGAACCAAACAGUGAACCCCUUGAAGCGGAACGAAGAGGUGGCCAAGGUGGAGGUGACAGUGCUCGCUCUGGUAUUAUUUCUGGCCCUAGCCGGUAACCUUUGCGUUUUGGUGGCUAUCCAUACAACCAAACACACCCAGUCACGAAUGUACUAUUUCAUGAAGCACCUAAGUAUUGCGGAUCUUGUUGUUGCAAUAUUUCAGGUCUUGCCUCAACUUAUUUGGGACAUAACUUUUCGUUUUUAUGGACCAGAUAUUCUUUGCAGAUUAGUCAAAUACCUGCAAAUAGUUGGCAUGUUUGCAUCUACCUACAUGCUUGUAUUGAUGUCUAUAGACAGGUGUUUAGCUAUCUGCCAACCUUUACGGUCUUUACACAAGAGAAAGGACCGACUUUAUGUAGUUUCGUCAUGGGUCCUGAGCCUAUUAUUUAGUAUUCCUCAAGUGUGCAUUUUCUCCUUGAGAGAAGUUGGACCUGGAGUAUAUGACUGUUGGGGUGACUUUGUACAGCCCUGGGGUGCAAAGGCAUACAUCACAUGGAUUAGCCUAACCAUCUAUAUAAUACCAGUAGCUAUAUUGAGUAUCUGCUAUGGACUAAUUAGCUUUAAAAUAUGGCAGAAUUUUAAACUGAAAACGAAGAAAGACCAGUGUAUCACUCUUACUCCAAAGGCAUCAAAAGGCAACGCACUCGCAAGAGUGAGCAGCGUGAAGCUGAUUUCAAAAGCAAAGAUCACUACCGUGAAAAUGACAUUCGUCAUUGUGGUGGCUUAUAUCGUUUGUUGGACGCCGUUUUUCUUCGUGCAGAUGUGGUCUGCGUGGGAUCCAGCGGCUCCGAGGGAGGCCAUGCCCUUCAUCAUCUCCAUGCUGCUGGCCAGCCUGAACAGCUGCUGCAACCCCUGGAUCUACAUGUUCUUCGCCGGCCACCUGUUCCAGGACCUGCGGCAGUCGCUGCUCUGCUGCUCAGCGCACUACCUGAAGUCGUCGCAGUGCCGCUGCGAGCGCGACCAGGACUCCAGUCGCAAGAGCAACUCCUCCACGUACGUCAUCAAAAGCACCAGCAGCCAGCGGAGCAUCACUCAGACCUCCACCACAUAGUGUCCACUCCUGGUCCAGCUCUCGGCCCUCUUGCCCACUGCCAUCCCCAGUCAGCCCCAUCACCACCACAAACCCUCUGAGGGGACACAGCCUACAGCCUCCCUCUCAGUCUCAUGUGGUCACCACCUCAUCCAUCAUCUGUCUCGUCUGUACGACGUCUUCUUUAACAUUCACAUUUUACAUCGUAAAACCUUCUGAAACCUUCUAGGUUCUGAGACCUAUAGUAGAUAGUGUGGUUAAAAAGGGGAGAACAUUCUUUAUUGAAAUUCUUUAUUUCCCUCCAGGAGCAUGUAGCAGUAAUCAGCUGAAUGUGCAAUACAUUUUGGUAGCUCUCUGAGCAAAGAGAAUUGCUCAACGGCCCACUAAAGUCUUUGACCUGAGCUUUCCUUUUAUGAUUUGGUCAUUUGACCCCUGUGAAUUGCUUCACACUCUGCCGUGAGCGUGUCUGUGCAGUCGUCAUGCCCUGCACUGGGCUGCAACCUCUCGCAAGGGCCGCGAGGGCAUUUAAGAAGAAAACAGUUAGCCCAGGGAAGAAGAAGGUACUUAUGUGUAUUUCACCCAUAUGUCAGCCCCAUGACGUGUCCGUAGCCUACACUGUUGUGUGGCCUCACCUUGUGAUACCAUGGCAUAUGUGACAUUACCACUCUCGCAGUCAUUGGAAUGUAUAAGCUUUUAGACAGACAAAUGUGACAAGUCUACUCACUAAUUCUUGUUUUCUUUUUUCCAGAGAGCAAAGGAAAGAGUUUGUCACUUUCUUUUUCCAUGAAAUAAAUUUAGGAGCUGAUGAAGGAAUGUGUAUAGAAGAAUCUGUGUAAUAUAUUUCACUACAAAGUAGUUAUACUAGAUAAUGUUAUCACAAAUCUGAAUGAAAACAGCCCUUUAUGGAUUCCUCUGAUAUAUUUGUAGUAAGCACACAGAAGACAUAGAAAUAUGUUUAUGCUUCACAGAAAAAAUGGCAACACAUUUUUUCGUUUUUAUUCAUCUGUAUUGUAUAAACUAGAUUUUGGGACUAUCAAGUGACUGAUUAAUUGCCUUAACACACCAACUUGAAACUUUGGUCCACAUAAUAAUUAAUUACAGUAUUAACAAUGAUUUGGGGUUUGUUAUGACAUUGGUUACAUAGUUUACAACAAAAUGUAAGUUUUACCUUUUAUUUUGUAAGGCUACUGACUUUUCUUUCAAAACAUUA